AUCUGCGACUAAACUGUUGUCAAAUUAAAAUGGAGCUAACGGAAGGAUUAGAGCCUGCGAGUCCUAAUGCACAAUACUUCAACAGCUCUGUGCUGUCGGUAUCUAUUAUUGGUGUCAUGCAAAGUGAGGUACCAAUUGAAAUCAACGAAGCGCGUGCCAUAUCAUUGCUCAAUGAUGUGUUCCUGCCCAUCAAUACACGCUUCUCCUCCAUCAUGGUUAAGGAUAGAAAAGGUGAGAAACAAUGGAAAAGGGUUGAGGUGAAGCUUGAAGAGCACGUUAAUUUUCCUAUUUUCCCUACUGGCUUGUUACCCCCAUCAUAUGAUGAAUAUCUUGAAGAUUAUAUAUCAAACAUUGCAAUGGAGCAUUUUCCACAAAACAAACCACUAUGGGAAAUUCACAUGGUUAAAUAUCCAACAAGCAAUGCAGCUGGUACUAUCAUAUUCAAGCUUCACCAUGCGCUUGGUGAUGGCUACUCUCUCAUGGGUGCACUUCUUUCUUGUCUUCAAAGGGCUGAUAAUCCUUCUCUUCCCCUAACAUUUCCUUCACACCAAAGCUCAGAGCCAGAAAGUGGCAGAAAAAGUGUUUGUGGAAGAGUGUCUCGACUUUGUUCCUUCAUCUUUAACUCUGUAUCUGAUUUUGGUUGGAGCAUGUUAAAGAGUACAUUGGUCGAAGACGAUCGUACACCGAUAAGGUCUGGGGCUGAAGGAGUCGAAUAUCAGCCAAUCAUGGUAUCAAACAUGAUAUUCUCUAUGGAUUGUAUCAAACACAUUAAGGACAAGCUUGGAGUGACAGUAAAUGAUGUAAUUACUGGAAUAAUUUUCCUCGGCAGCCGGUUGUACAUGCAAGAGAUUAGCAAUAAAUCAACUAAAUCACAUUCCACAGCAUUGGUAAUGAGUGGCUACAAGUCAAUUGAGGAGAUGCUUAAACCUAACUCAAAGGUGCCAUGGGGGAACCAAUUCACCUUCUUGCAUGUACCAGUGCCAGAGCUUAAGGACCAUAAAUCUCAAAACCCACUUGACUUUGUUUUGGCAGCAAGCAAGAUAAUCAAGAAGAAGAAAAGCUCAUUGGGUGUUUAUCUCACUGGUAGGUUUUUGGAGAUUGUGAAGAAACUUAGAGGUCCUGAGACAACCGCUAGAUUUGUCCAUAGGACACUAAGGAACUCCAGUUUGUCAAUUUCAAAUGUGAUCGGGCCAAUGGAACAGGUGUCUUUGGAUAAUCAUCCGAUUAAAGGUCUAUACUUCAUGGUGUUAGGUGUACCUCAGAACCUUAUUAUAACAAUGGUAAGUUAUAUGGGAAACCUGAGGAUUAGCGCCGUAAUGGAGAAAGGAUUCUUGGAUCCCCAAAGAUUCAAGUCAUGCAUGGAAAAUGCCUUCGAGAAAAUUCUCAAAGCUGCUGAUGAUGAAAUUACUAUUUAAACAAAGAUUUUUUUUUUCUUUUUUAAAUCAACAAAUUGAAUUGUUCAUUCAUAAUAUUGAUUUUCUAUCGAUAAAUAAGUCAGUACAAUUUAUAUAUGAUUGUUCAUCUUUUCUUUCAUUCUCCAUGUAAAAUUGUACGUAGGUAGAUGGGUUUUAUACCUUUAAUGCAUCCUGCAUUAUUGGGUUUAAUAUUUAUUAUCAUGAUGCCAAGUCUAUUUCUCUUUGAUUUA